AUGAACAGAGAGAGAAAAAGAGCCAACAACUGCGGAAACUUCUUUUAUCGAGGAAAAUAUGCCGUUUCACGCGCACUCGCUUCAAAUGAAAGGGCAUGGGACGCGCUUACCGAGAUAUUUCCUGAAGAAAAAGCUACAGAACUGGAAGCUUUUUACAGUAAAAAAGGAAAAUCAAAGGUGAAGAUGUUUGGUCGAGGUAAGAGGGCUUACGAACUGUACACUGUAGAGAGGGAAACUAACGUUGGAAGGUUUAAUCCAAAGCUACCAAAACAAAUAAAAAAUUCUCUCGGUACAGAGCGUGAAGUGUUGAUUGCUGAAAAAUAUAAAGACAUUGAAGAACUAAAUAAGUCCAUCAGAGAAGACGAGACAAUAGCAAAUGAUGACAACGAAGCUCAAGAAGUCAGAGAAAGAUCCAGAGAAAGGAUAGCUGAGAAAAUGAAGCAGAUUGAUGCUCUCGAGAAUGAGAGAGAUGCUCACGGAGAGAGACUCCCAGUCAGAGAGAGAGUGAAGAACAUCUUCAAAAAGUAUGGAUUGACGGUCACGGCAGUAGGUCCUGGCAGUGGGAACGGUCAUCGGAGUGAUUGUCAACUCCCUGAACUCAGUCGCGAAGGGAGUCGGGGAUGGUCUCAAGAAUCUCGGGAAAAAGAUAACGCAAAUUCUUCCCGGUCUGAUCGGGACUAUCGUCGGCUUCAUCGUCAAGGUCGCCGGAUCGAUGAUCAGCUUCCUCGGAAAGAAUGCCUGGCUUCUCAUCCUCGGAGUGACGGUUUUCAUGGUUGAAAGAUUCCAAAAGACACGAGGGCUCUGGGAAAGAAAUUACCAUGUUUCAAACCAAGGCACGCAUGCACCGUGAAACCGGAACUCCUAAAAUCUUGGAGUCUGGAAAAUGAUUAUUCCAGAGCUCCGUGUCUUGGCGCUGACCAAAAGACACGUGGGCUCUGGGAACGAGAUUGGCUUCGCGCCAAAGUCGACGACUUUGGCGAGAGCGAUUUGUCAGCGUCUUGGAAACAGGAGGACGCGAGAAAGCGACCUUCUACAAUGCCAUGGCGAACGCUAUGAGUUCAACCAACACUAAAAGCGGUCAAAUAUGAUGACACCGAUCGUAAAUCAAGUCCAUUAUGUGGUUUGUUAUGAUGGAAAUCUCAGGAACUGGUCUGGCGAAAUGAUAAACCAAAUCUCCAUAUCGACAAAGAUAGGCAAAGCGCUUGAGAUACAUGCAUAAUGCAGGUACCGAAACAACAACUAAACCAUUGUAAGUUGUUAUCUAGUCAGGUAGCUGUAGCUGUUCAGCAAGUUUAUAAAUGUUCUCCCUGUAGAAACGAAACUCAGCCUCGCAUUCGUCGUUUGGUUUCUCGUCUAAAUCGAACCUGUCGUAGUUCCAGUACGGAAACUCUGGAUUUGUUGACUUGUUACAGUCGUACAAAAAGUACAAAUUCUUGUUCGUUUAUAAAGUUGCUUCCAUAAGCGUAUGCGAUACAAGC